UGUAAUUUAACCAGGAAAUAAGACAGCCCAUCGUUUGGGCUGUGGAUAGAAAAGCAGGAGAAGAGAGGCCAACGGGCGCCAAUUUGCCCGCGCUUAACAGAGAUGCUCUCUCUAGCAGUGGCUGCGAGUUGGUGCUCCGCUCCACCGCUCAUGCAAUGGAAGAAACCGAAGCGUCUGGGGGUCAUCCUUAACAAAUUCCCUUCAUUUCUUCCCAAAGAAGUCGACAAUAUCAAAGACCAAUUUGCUCGGGAGCUCGCUACAAGGUUCGAGAGGCUACCAGUCAGCUUCUCCGAUUCUUGUAUUAUGAGUAGUUGCGUGAAGCCGUCGAUACAGAGCAAAGAAAGUCCAGUGGUUCUUCUCCAUGGAUUUGAUAGCUCCUGUUUAGAAUGGAGAUACACAUAUCCAUUGCUUGAGGAAGCUGGUUUUGAAACCUGGGCUGUUGAUAUUCUUGGCUGGGGCUUCUCUGAUUUAGAAAGACUCCCUCCAUGUGACGUGACUUCUAAACGUGUUCAUUUGUAUCAGCUUUGGAAAUCAUAUAUUAAAAGGCCAAUGGUAUUGGUUGGACCAAGCCUUGGUGCUGCUGUUGCUAUUGAUUUUGCUGUCAAUUAUCCAGAAGCUGUUGAUAGGCUUGUGUUGAUUGAUGCAAGUGUAUAUGCAGAAGGUACAGGAAACUUAGCUACCCUACCAAGAUUGAUUGCCUAUGCUGGGGUAUUUCUAUUGAAGAGCAUUCCCCUGCGCUUAUAUGUGAACGUUUUGGCCUUCACUGGCAUAUCACUUAGUACUAGCCUAGAUUGGGUCAAUAUUGGCCGCCUGCACUGUUUAUUACCUUGGUGGGAGGAUGCGACUGUCAGUUUUAUGUUAAGUGGAGGAUAUAAUGUCAGCAGCCAGAUUGAAAAGGUGAAGCAGAAAACGCUUAUUAUAUGGGGUGAGGAUGAUCAGAUCAUCAGCAACAAGCUUGCAGUGAGGCUGCACUGUGAACUGCCAAAUGCAUUCAUUCGUCAAAUACCUGAGUGCGGCCACCUUCCUCAUGUGGAAAAGCCAAAUUUUGUUGCCAAAUUGAUUACUCAAUUUGUUCAUGAAGAUUCCAGAAAAAAGCUUUCUAUAAGGUGUGAUGCAGUGUCAAACCAAAUUAUUCAACAAAAGCUCAACCUUGAAAAAGAAAGGUGGUAGGUCGAUGUUGAAUGCUUUAACUUGGCCAUUGAAGUAGGCAAAGACUUGACAAAGGUUAGGUUCAAUUAUUGCCUUUUCAAAUCAUGAAGUACUACUCUUAGUAUGCCUACACGUUUUAAAACUCUAGCAGCGCUGGGCUGCGACUCAUUGUUGAAUCCUAUUUGAAAUAGAUACUCACUUUCCACAAGUCUCCUCAGUAGGAAGCACAUAGGACUAACUCUUUAGGGCAUCGUAAGCGUGGCCACAACAGUUCGUAUUGAUCAGUGCAAGUAUGUGCACUCAUUAAUAUUUAGGAUUUGGUUAGAUUUAGAUUGAAAUUAGAACAAAGUUAUUCAGAAGGAUGAAUUGUUUAAUUUUUUUUUUCUUUUUUGUUUUUUUUUUUUUGGUUAAGUAAUGAUUUGUUGUCUUUAUUUUCUGAACACCAACAGAUUUCUUUAUUUAGUUUCAGUUUUUGAAGUUGAACUAAGAUUCUAAAAACAUGUUCAGAAAUUCAUUCAUAAGACACUAUGAAUCUUGAGAGAUUUAACAUUAAAAAAUUGUUAUCAAACAAAUUUUUAAAUAGCAUUUACUCAUCAUAUUCAUGAGCAUGAGUCUAUUGCAAUAAAACAACUAGUUGGUAAUGGUAGUUAGUUCAUUAGUCUAUUCACAGCACCAAAUGUCAAGUGCUGUUUGGAUGAGUUUCCAAACACAAAUUUUUAAAAAAUUAUAUA